UAAAAUUGAAACCGGAAAUCAAUUAGGGCAGUUCAGUAGUGAAUGGGUGUGUGUGGAAGGGCAUGUUAUAAAUGAGAGAGGCGCCUUCCACAAACCGCUCUAACUGUAUCGAAUACUUCUCUCUCGUCCAACUACUACACCAUCCUUCCUUAUCCGAAUCUUCUCAGGGUUUCGGAGGAUCUAAACCCCAAAAGUCGCACAAGAUGGACAGGUACGAGCGAGUGGCGAAGCCUAAGGAUGAGACGCCGAUUGCUGAGAACGAGAUUCGCAUCACCAGUACGGGUAGGGCGCGUAACUGCAUCACCUAUGCGAUGGCUCUUCUUCAGGAGAAAGGAUCAGAUGAAGUUAUUUUCAAGGCAAUGGGAAAAGCUAUCAACAAGAGUGUGACCAUUGCUGAGCUCAUUAAGAGAAGGAUUCCUGGAAUCCACCAGCACACAUCUAUUGGAUCCAUUGACAUAACUGAUACCUGGGAGCCUAAAGAGGAAGGCCUUCUUCCGAUUGAGACAACAAGGCAUGUGUCGGUGAUCACUAUAACGCUUUCGAAGAAGGAGCUGAACACAUCCGCAGUUGGGUACCAGUAUCCAAUCCCAAUUGAGUUGGUGAAGCCAUUUGUUGAGAUUGAUUACGAAGGAAGAGUUGGAUCACCUAGUGGCAGGGCAAGAAGAGGAAGAGGAAGGGGAAGAGGAAGAGGUGGCAGAGGGGACGGAUAUGUUAACGCUGAGUAUGAUGAUGGAAGUAUGGAGCCUGAGCGGGUACCUGGGAGAGGAGGACGCGGUGGUCGUGGAAGAGGAGGGUUCAGUGGUCCUCCUCCUUACUACGAAGCUCAACAAGAUGGAGGUAAUUAUGGACGCAACGGUCCUCCUCCACAGCAUCAUGGGUAUGAUGAUGGAGGUAUGGAGCCUGAGCGGCCAUCUGGAAGAGGAAGAGGGGGCGGGAGAAGAGGUGGUCGUGGAAGAGGAGGUUUUAAUGGUCCUCCACGUUAUUAUGAAGCCCAACAAGACGGAGGAAACUAUGGCCACAGUGGUGGUCCUCCACAGGAUCAUGAGUACGAUGAUGGAGGCAUGGAGCCUGAGCGGCCAUCUGGUAGAGGAAGAGGGGGAGGGAGAAGAGGUACUCGCGGUGGUCGUGGAAGAGGAGGUUUCAAUGGUCCUCCACAAUACUAUGAAGCUGAGCAUGAUGGGGGAGACUACGGAUACGGUGCUCCUCAUCAGGGCCGUGGAGGUGGGCGUGGUAGGGGAGGUCGUGGAAGGGGAGGAGGCCGUGGUGGAUUCAACAGAUCAAGUGGACCACCGAUUCAGGCAGCUGCUUAAGUGAUCGUUGAAUGGAUUUUGUUCUUUUUUCUUCAUUCUCUUGACUCUGUCAAUCAAAUAACAACAAGAUGUUCCGUAGCAUAAUUUCUCUUUCAUUUUGCAUUUAGGUUAUAUAAUAUUGUUGAUUUAUUUUAUGGAUGUUGUCUUUGGGAUUUCUCCAGUUUUUGUUCACUCGUAAGAAUUUUCCAGUUUUGUCUCUGUUUUUGAGUGUUGGAAUUUAUGGUAUUUGGUUUGCUGGCACGAGACAUGGAGUCUGCAAAUUACACACGUUCUUUGUUUUACUCUUCACCAAUAAGCAAUCCGAAUUUUCAACGUAUUCUGGCGUUACAGUUUAUCACUUACACGUAGUAUUUUCAUCUUUCAAGAAAAAUGUUCAAAAGUACAGUAUUUGUAUAUCCAGUUAUUCAAGCCUAAACAGACGAGCAAAAAAAUAUGGAGACAGUAAUAGUAUAUGCUGACUGAUUGUAUUUUGGAAUACGCGAAGAAGGCCCACUAAUUUAACAAACUAAGGGCCCGUACGUGGGAAGCCAUGUUAAAAAAGAUAUCGCCGUUGCCGGGGAUCGAACCCGGGUCACCCGCGUGACAGGCGGGAAUACUUACCACUAUACUACAACGACACAUGUUGCUCACUGUUAUCAUUGAAUAUAUUUAAAUAAAUUAUUAGAAAGCUUUUCUUGAACAAAGAGAAAAAUACUUUUGGAAAAAAAAAAAAAAAAGGCUCUACGCAGCAGCACUAUAGUUUCAUCUUCAAAUAAAUCUGAUUCAUCAUCAUCACCGGUAUCUCCUAGGCGAAUUCUGUUCGGUCAACUCAAGCAACGUGAUUUGGGCAAAGAUGGCUCAGGACGUCGAAAUGAAAGAUAACCACACCCCUUCUCAAUCCACGAUGCAGCAUUUGAAGGAGAUAGCAGACUUGAUCGAUACUGGCUCGUAUACGAAGGAAGUCCGCCGUAUUGCUCGUGCUGUGCGGCUAACUAUUGGUCUCAGGCGAAAACUCACCUCCUCCGUGUUAACUUCUUUCCUCGAUUUCGCUUUGGUUCCAGGAUCCGAACCCCACUCUCGCCUCUCUUCCUUUACUCCCAAGGGUGAUGAACAUGACAUGGAAGUUGAUACGGCUACAUCUGCUACACAACCUCCUUCUAAGAACCUACCUUCUGAGCUCGAGAUCUACUGCUACUUCAUUGUUCUUCUUUUUCUGAUUGAUCAGAAGAAGUACCCCGAGUUUACUCCUGCUGCUGACUCUUGAUGAGUUAAUAUUUAUGAUAUGGUUUAGUUUCAUGAGUUUCUUUUCGGUCGGCUCUUAGGCUAAACCUUGUUCUUCAGCAAGCAUUGCUCGUCUCAAGAACUUUAACAGAUGAACCAUCGAUGUGAUUGCUUCAAGACUCUAUGUUUACUAUUCCUUGAGCUACGAACUAAAUCCGCGGGUUAGUUGUAGUUCACAGACAGGUUGUUUUUAGUUUUUUCUUAACUUGGUUCUACCCAUCUUAGUACUAAUCAGUAGUUUAACUGUUAAUUCUCUGGUUCAUUUGUUUAUACGUGCCUUGCAUCACUCUGCAACACUACGCCAUGAUGAGUUGGGUCAGGAAACACUUGUAAACAUGUUGCUUCGCAACUACUUCCGUUACAAUUUGUAUGAUCAGGCAGAGAAGCUCAGAUCAAAGGCACCUCCAUUUGAGGCCCAUUCAAAACAGCAGUCAUAUCACUAAUUGAUGUGUUCCAUUGUGCUCUCUUGCUCAUCCUUUGGUCAUUAUCUUCUAUUUGAUUUCCCCAAAUGGAAAUAUGUCAAAUGAUAUGCUUUGCAGUUCUGUGGGUAUCUCUUCUACCUGGGGAAGAUCCGAACCAGAAAGUCUCCUUCAAGCAGCCAGGAAAGCCCCUAGCAGCUCCGGGGUUCAGAAUCCAAUGCAAUAAAUGGGCCAUUCUGGUCCGCUUGCUACUGGGUGAGAUCCCUGAGAGGUCAGUCUUCAUUCAGAAGGGGAUGGAGAAGGCUCUGAGGCCUUAUUUCGAGCUUACCAAUGCGGUGAGGAUUGGGGACUUGGAGCUGUUCAGGACAGUCCAAGAGAAGUUCUCAGAGACAUUUGCUCAAGACCGGACGCCCAAUCUCAUCGUAAGACUCCGCCACAACGUCAUCAGGACUGGACUACGCAACAUAAGCAUCUCGUACUCGAGAAUCUCCCUUCCUGACGGAGCAAUCUGACGCGACCAUCGAUCACAAAAACGGGUGCAUGGUCUCCAGAGAAACAGGGGACAUUUACUCCACGAAUGAGCCGCAGACAGCGGUUAACUCGAGAAUUGCUUUCUGCCUCAACAUGCAUAACGAGGCGGUCAGAGCUUUGAGGUUUCCUCCUAAUACCCACAAGGAGAAAAAAAAGCGAUUAAUUUUUCUUAUAUUCAAAAAAAAAGAAAAGAAAAAGAGCGAUGGGAAGAGGAGAGAGAGGAAGAGUUGGCUAAGCACAUGGCUGAGGAAGACUAUGAUGACUUUUAGAGAAGGAUAAUAUCUCAGUCUGAGUUUGUUACUCACACAACUUUACUUUCUAAAGUGUUUUAUUGGAGGUGUGUUAAGUGUGUUUUAUCCUCCGGAUAAUCAUUGUUCCUUUUUAUUACUUUGGUUUCAGGUUUAGGAAAAUAGAUUUAUAUUUGUCGUUGGUUUCAGAAGAUUGGAAUAUUUUUUCGUUUAA